UUAAUUAUCUUGUCAAUUAUGCCGUAUCCACAUUCUUGCUCUUCUUUACCAACUCAAUCAGCCCACCAAAGACAUCAACUAAGUGAUUUUAAUCAACAAAUUCUGAAAGGAAUGACGGCUGGUAUUUUGGCUGCGGCUAUUUCAAAAAGUGCAGUGGCACCGAUGGACAGAGUUAAAUUGGUUUUGCAGCUCCAAACAAUCACAUCUCGUGCAGAAAUUGCUAUUUGCCAUCGACAGCCUUAUCAAGGAAUUUUUGACUGUUUUCGACGUUUAUGUGCCGAGCAAGGCUUUCGUUCUCUAUGGCGUGGAAACUCGGCUACAGUGAUUCGCUGUAUCCCAAAUCAAGCACUCAAUAUGUUGUUUAGAGACAAAUUUCGGAUUACUUUAUUGGAUGGAAUUGAUUGGAGGGAUAGACCUUUUAGAUUUGUUUUAGGAAAUCUAGCAGCAGGCGGUGCCGGUGGUGCAUUAACUUUACUAGUCGUUUAUCCUCUCGAUUUGGCACGGACUCGUCUAGCUGUUGAACGAGUUGACUCUGUCCGAAGUAUUUCACAAUGCUUUUCUUUGGUUUCUGCAAAUGAAGGGUUGUCUGGACUUUAUCGAGGAUUUUGUGCUUCGCUUGUUUUUACUGUUGUUUCAAGGGCUGUAUUCUUUGGAAUUUUUGAUUCUAUUCGUCUUUCCAUGGAUGAGCAAAGAAGACGAAGACUUAGCUUUUUUACUACUUGGUCGUUGGCACAGGCAUCUCUUAUUGUUUCUUCAUUGCUCUGUUAUCCUUUAGACACUGUUAGACGUCAUUUAAUGAUGGAAGCUGGCCAGAGCAAAAAACUUUACAAAAAUCAAUUUGAGUGUUGGAAGGGUAUUUUAUACAAUGAAGGCCCAAAAGCUUUGUACAAGGGAGCACUAACAAAUUCGUUAAGAUGCACAAGUGGGGCGCUUAUUUUGGCGGUAUAUUAUGAGGUAUUAAAAUAUUUAUAG